GGUGGAGUAUCUCGUGGCGGCGAUGCAACGGGACCGACCGCUCGCGAGCCUCCCCCCUUGGUAAUUCUAAUACAAAGCGAAAAACGGCUAACGGGACUUCAGCAGUACGGGACAUAAAACAUAGGUUUUGUUAUUAAAAAAUAAGGCUUCAGCGGCUCCAGCGAGGCCAGUGUGGAAAGGUUUGGAACCACCGGAGGUGUGGAGGACAGGUCGGCGUACUCAAGUUACCAAAAAACAUCAGAAACUUGCAAGCUAGCAAAGAGACGGAGGCUAAAAGGACACUGUCCUUGCCAGUGUCUCAUCUACUAUCCUCCAUCUCCAAGGAAAUGAAUCAGUUGGUGGCAAUGCAGCUGUCAGUCACACUCAGUUAAAUGUUAGUACUACUUGAGCAGAUAUCGCUCGGCUGGCCGAAGAGGAAAAAGAAGAAAGGGGCUGCUAAAGGUGCUGGAAGAUGUCUCUCUGGAUGAUACUGCCUGUCAGUCUCCCAGUUCUGACUAUAACUGGGAUAUGGGUUGUGUAUGCCAUGGCCCUGUACAAUCAACAUGUCUGCCCUGUGGAUAACUGGUUGUACAACCAGUCAUGUGAAGAGGACCUGUAUUUACAGAGUGGGCCAACCUUGUGCUGCACGCUAGACAAUGUACCUCUCAUCAGUAAAUGUGGAACUCUUCCCCCUGAGAGCUGCUUCUUCAGCCUUAUCUGCAGCACAGGCUCAUUCAUGGUUAUGGUGAUUGUGCUACUCCGUUAUGCCCACGUCAUUGAGAAGCACCAAAAUUGUGUUCUCAACACGGCGAGUCUCUCCACAGGCUGGAUCUGUGCUGCUGGACUCAUCAUGGUGGGCAACUUCCAGGUGGAUAAUGCCAAAGUUCUCCACUAUGUCGGAGCAGGCAUCGCCUUCCCCACCAGUAUGCUGUUUGUGUGCCUGCAGUCGGCACUGACUUACCGACUGGCCAAGACCCAGGGAGAGUACAACGUGGCUCACCUCCGGCUCUGCAUGACCCUGUUGGCCUUCGUAGCCUUGGUGCUCAGUGGUGUGUUUUUCUGUCAGGAAAGCUUCGUCCUUCAACACGCGUCGGCCAUCUUUGAAUGGGUGUUCUGCGUCAUCGUCAUGCUGUUUUACGGGACAUUUGCCUUUGAGUUUGCCGGCAUGUCAUCAGACACCAUGGUGGUGCUGGCUAGAGGGACCCUGGGACCUGCUGGGAGAGAACACAAGAUGGACGGUCUUGGAUCACUGGGAGGGCCCAUGCCACACUCACAACCACACCAACCUGAAAACAUGUCCAUACUGUAGCCUGCUGGCACAUUGCAAUGCCACACAGCUGGCUUGUUUAUUCCUUUCAAACUCUGGUUGUCGAAUGAGUUUAACUAUUCAUUUCCAGCCACAUUCGUCUGAAGCUUUGAAAUGAACCAGACCAGUGCAGCCGCCGCUCGUGGCAAAGUGGAUUCUACUACGUCAACCCCAGGUGUGUAGAGCUGCUGCCACGGCGGAGAGCUUAGCUUGUGUUGUGCUCACGUCAGAGCUCGGUGUCUCUAAAGAACUUGUAUUUUGCACAUUGCACAAGUGUGAAACCAAAUUUUCUCCCAGCUCAGUCCUGUGACCAGCAGAGGAGUAUUUUAUCAAUCAGAUCAAGAGAGUGUUCCCCCCUGAGAUCCUGUAACCUAUAUCAAUAAGUGGCCUUGGACUAUUUCCACUUCAGGUGACUGCCAUGAUGCUUUCAUUGUAUGUAAAGGAGUGAAGGCUGCUGGACGGCCGAGUGGACAGUAUUACAGCAGUGAGACAGAGAGAAAAGCAAAGAGAGAAGAUUGUGUGUGAAUGUUACAGGGAGAUGUUUUCCCACGAGAGAAUUGAUGAAUGCAAUACAUUCAAAGAAGCAAUGACUAUGCUUACAUGCACCAAAUAUUCAGUUCUUUUCCCCCUUAUUCCGAAAAGACAGUAUUCCCACUAAGCUGUUUACAUGACUAACAAAAAUGAAUAUUCUACUAAUAUUCUCGUUUACAUGCAGCUGUGCAUACUUUGAUUAAUGUGCCCUAACGUGUCGUUUAUCACGUCAUCAGAGUCUUUCAUAAUGUUUAAAAGAAGGUGUGUUUCUCCUUCUGACUAGAAGUGUGUAUGUUUCUUUUGGUCACACUCUAACCCACAGCCCUGCAAACUGUUGGCGAGUUGGUUUGUGUGCAACGUAACCUUGACAACACACAGAGCUGACCGUAAACAGACAGGAGGCCAUAUGCUGCAAACUGCAGUAAAAACCCCAAUUGACACACAUAUUCCAAAUAUGCUUUAUACAUGUCCUAAAAAAGGAAUGCUCCUAAAACCAGAAUGAUCCCAUCAUAUCCCACGUGUCUUAUUCGGACAAUGCUACAUUCUGAAUAAGACAUCAUUUGUUAUACCCAAACAGAAUAUGCUGUUUACAUGACCCCUAUCAAAUUGAGAAUACUGUCAUACCUGGAUUAACGGUUAAACAUAUUGUGCAUGUGAAUAUAGCCAUUGUCAAAUAAAGGAGUAUAUAAAUGUUUGAGUCAAUCCUGUAGAUAGAACAGAGCAGCAGUCUGCAUUUUGCAAUCGUUUUAACCUGCAUAAAGCAAUAUUUUUGAUAUUAACAACUCAAAUAAUUCUAUUGUAAAAGAGUCCUUCAUAGUAUUGAAUCCCCUCAGAAUUAACACCCUGCUCUACAUACUGUAGAUGCUAGCUGCUUUUAGCUGACUGUUUUCAGCCCACAUAUUCAGUCAAGCUGACUGCGCGCCGCUUACCAGUCAAAAAUAGUAAAAAAAAAAAUAGUGUGGAUGGUAAAGAAAGUCGACCCUUUGCUGAGCUGGACACACAGAUGUUUUUCUCAGGAGUUUGCGAAAAUGAACGUGCAUAUUGGACUCAUAUUUUUCAGGUGGCCAGUAGGAUGAUAAUGUUGCUCUGUGUCUGCUGGAUGUUUAAUUAUGCACAGACGUUAGCCAUUGCAGCUCCUCUCAGUUUGGUUUGUGGUCAAAAAUGGCUUAAUGCAGCUGCAAAAUAUGCACCGUUAACAAGUCCAUGUUUGAUCAGCAGCUCCACAUAUGCAAGCACGACACUGUUUUCAAGUAUCCAUGGGACCCAGGCUUGGCACACAUUGUCUUUGUGUGUCUGGAUGCUUUGGGUAAUGUGCCAUAUCAUUAUUUGAACUGCAUACAGAACACACAGUACACCUGGUGCCUCAUUAGGUCAAACCUUUACGAUGGAGUCUGAAAAACCACGUCUUGCCUCUGUUACUGUCGGGUUAAAUACACUACAUCAACCUUUAAACCUCAAGUUGAUUCAGCUUCCUCUCUGCAGAGUUCUACCAAAGAAUAUGAAAGAGAGAUGAAACAGUGUCCAGAGGCCAAAUGUGUACCAGCUAAUUCAAUCCAGAGCACUGGGUUUAUUGAGUUUAGUGAGGAGACAUCACACAUGUUUUCAGGUUUCUAUGGACGUCGGUCUGCAUCUCAUUACUCCCCAACGGGGAGGAGCAUAACAUGCUGUCAUUGCUUUACCUACUUAGUCUGUGUUUGAACUCUCCAUAGUUGGAGUUUUUCAGCAUGUCUAGCUGGUGUAGCAGGACAAAGGGAAAAGGAAGGAUUGUGAUGUAGCUGAGAUGUACCGUCCUGCCUCCGUGUUUCUGCACAGCAGAAAAUGCCAGUCAGUUUGCCUGUGGUGUCGGUGCUAAAUCACAAAAGGCCUUAUCGUGUCAUUUUUUUCCCUGAGUUUAGCUGUAAGUAUGAUAACGUCUGAUGAAUGAAAGCAAUAAGACGGAGACGCAGAGGUUCAAUCUCAGCACCAGCAGGGACAGAAGGUUGCAUGCAUGCUUGUGAGUGCCUGGAAUACCAAAGUGGACAUUUGGCACGACCAAUUAAUUUACAUCGAGAAAUGCUCCCUGCUAAUAGCUCCACUGAGUUGGCAUUUUGAAAUCUAUGAAUGUAGUUUUUAGCCUCAUAUUUCCUCCCGUCAUCCGUCUGUGCAGAUGUUCAAAUGUUAAUUGCAUUCAUUGACGUUCUCUCUACAUUCUGUGCUGUGUUGUAACGCAGAGUUGUGCCAGAAUUACUGUUUAUAUUUUUAGGAAAUGUUCAACAUCUCAGUGUACUAUUAACACACUCUGAGCUGUCUGGUGCAAAACCAGAGCAAGCAGAGGGUUUACAAGAAUAGUAGUCCUGUUCAGAGGCUUUGACACAGUUAAAAUAUCGCUCCCUCACACCGCAGACAACCACAUGUUGGGCAGAGGUUUUAUUCGUGCCAGUAUUUUGGGUACAAGUGGUUUCGUUGCUCUGAAGCCCAUUCUUCAAACACAGUUUUACAAUCUGUUACAGAAGGACUGAAAUGUAGUGAUUCAGUAUCAGACUGAAUGUAUGAAUACUGUCAACAAGACCGAAGUGGAUAAAGUAGGGCUUGGUGAUAUGGAGAAAAACAAAUGUCAAGAUGUUUUUGACCCAUUGGUGCUUUCACAAAAUACUUAACAAUAUCCAAAAUCUAACAUGAUAUCUAGUCUCAUUUCAAUAUGUUGCCCAGCCCUUCGGAAAAGCUCAUGCACACUGUUCUGUGGUAAACAAGCUGUAUGGUUGAAACAACAGCAGACACACCUCUGAUCACUUGCCUCUCCCUACUGGUCAAACUGCUUACUGCAUUUGUUUGAAUCAGAGCUGUAAUGUUGUAGCUCCUCUCACACGAGGUCUUGUUUUCUACUUGAAGCUUUUUUGUAUUCACAGUGGAGUAUUGAAUAUAUUGAAUAUUCAUUCACCUGCAGCUUUAGGCCAAAUCUGCUUUUGUUUUACUUCUAAAUUUACUAAGAAGCUGAAGUGAAGUCAUGAAGAGAACAUGAACUUGUGCUUGUGGCUUCAUCUGACAAACCACAGUAAAGAUUUCAUUUUAUGAAUAGGCCAAAUGAUGGUGCUGCUCAUGCUGCUCUGGCGAGAAACAUUUUGUCAUUACACAUUUACUGAGAGUGUGUAUUGUACUAAAUAGUGUUUGCAUGUUACAAAGCUAUAAUAAUGCCCGUUUCCAGUCAAACACUACAAAAAAUGUCUUAUCAGAAAUUUUCUUUCAGUCAAAUUCACAUUGCAUUUAAUAUUUGGCAUCCUUGUCACAUCACCCACUCACUGUCUGUCCCUUUUUCCCCUCACAUACUGUCUGAACUUUGCACUCAGGAAAAUGUUACGACACCAGCUGCAUCGUUUGAUUCAAAGCAGAAUGAGCGCUGCUUGCUUCUGCCUUUUUGUUGUCUUUGUUUAAGAAGUGGCAUUCUUUUCGUUCAUGAGGAUUUUUUUUAUUUGUUUCAUGUAAUUUAGUUUGUUAGCCGUGUUAAUCGAGACUCUGUAAAGCUUAAAAAGAAACAUUCCUGUAUAGUGUAUAGUUAGCUUGUGAGAAUGCUUGUGCUGCUCACACCAACGUGGUUAAAUUUCUGCAAGAAAGACUAGCUCACUCAUGCAAUCAGUAGGUCAUUGGUGAGAGCAUUCUGACAAACUAGCAUCUGUAAAACCUCAGAAAUCAGUUACUUUAUACCGUUGAAAUGCAAAAUGCUCCCUACGUGCCUUAUAUUGUUUUGAUAAUGAAAACCAAAGAGGUUUAGGUUGUAAAUUCUAUUUUGAUGAAAAGUCAUAUGAUUGUAUAUAUAUGCCUUAAUGUUCAAUAAAUAAAAACUGUUAAGAAAACUUACUUUGCUCAUGUAGUGCAAUGUUAUCUUUACCAUGUGACUUUAUUUCACCCACAAUCAUCAUUACUCACCAUGUUGGUUGAAUUUGUGAUGAAAACUUCAAGAAAAGGAGAGGAUUCUUAAUGAAUUUGUGUAAAAGAUGCCACAAUACUGUAUCAAAACAUCCUGAACUCGCACACAGCUCCUGAAGUAUAAUCCAAGUCUCAUUUAUGCAGUCAUAUGCUCUGUGCUUCCCAAACACAUGCAUUUCCACUAAAACCUUACAAUUAAAAUGCUUCCACAAAUGAGUAGUGCACUUUGCUUGUGCAUUCCACUGAGCAGAGAUCAAACGUAUGUGCUUGCCCAGACGCGUUACUCAUCCAUGCUUGACACUGUUUAUGUGGAAGUGUUUGAAAUAGUAAGGUUUAGGGCAAAUUUAUGUGUUUGGGAAGUACUGAGCAAAUUAGACUUGGAUUAUACUGCACAGGUUUAGUGAGUUUGUAACAUUCAUUCAGUCAUUUUCCAAAGCUGCUAUCCUGUUAGAGGUCACAGGGGGCUGGAGCCUAUCCCAGCUGACACUGGGGGAGAGGCAGGGUACACCCUGGACAGGUCGCCACUCUAUCACAGGGCUGACACAUAGAGACAGACAACCAUUCACACUCACAUUCACACCUACGGACAAUCUAGAGUCACCAAUUAUCCUGCAUGUCUUUGGCAUGUGGGAGGAAGCCGGAGCACCCAGAGAAAACCCACGGACACAGGAGAACAUGCAAACUCCACACAGAAGGACUCCCCCAUCCCAGGGUUCAAACCAGGACCAGUUCAAAGGGCUGAGUAAUCGAUGUACAAAUGGUCAUUUUGUGGGUGAAGUGCUCCUUUAGCAUGUUGUGAAAGGGACCAGACAACAGUGUACAUCUUUAAUUUUCUUUAUUGUUUAAUUAUUUACAUUGUCCAGUUUCUCUGCCGACAGAGUCGACAGAAAAUGACACAGAUCGGCACAUUAAACAGAGGAAAACCUCUCUUACAAAAACAAUGCCGGCUGUGAGUGAAAGCAAAGGGUGUUACACCUACACCACUCCUACACCUCUACAGACAGGAAGUUUUAAGGUAAGCACUGUUUACACUUCCUCAGUCCCAUCAGAAGGAAAGAAUUAGAUAAUACUCUGUGAUUAAGCGAUGGCGAAAGCUGACUCAAAAUUCAAUUUUCUAAAUACCCUGCUAGGAAUACAUCCCUUUUUUCCUCUAAAUCCACAGGGAAGGAUCUCAGUCUGCGAUACAGAGCUGCAGAGCAAACUUGAGUUAAGAUAUUGAAGGAGCAUUUACACCAAGGAAUUCGGUCUGAUAUUGACUUGGAUCAGCGUAGGCUUAUAACCUAUGCAUAUGUAAGACAUCUGUGGUGCACUAAGUGCUUUAGUCUCGACAGCAUGCAGCUUGUUGAUCCGCUGCAGAGAGCGAAGAGAUAAGAGACUUCAAGUUAUUUGCUUAAAUGAGUCACAUUUACAGACUCAGUCACAGCAGCAGGCCUGCAGGUAAAAAAAGAA